AUGAUCCUCUUACCCACGCUCAGAGGUGCAUGCUCACGAUGCCAUCGGAACCUCAAGCAGACGCUUAUCAAAGGUGAUUUACACCUGAUACGACCUUACUCUUCCGGCUCAGCAUCUGAUUACUCCGAGGAUUUCUCGGAUAUAGCUGGCGAAUUGAGACGUAGGAAGCGAAAGGCAGACUCGAAAAGACGUCAAUACGGAAAUACAUUCGUCGAUCAUCUCCUUGUAACUGUCCGAGGGGGUAAAGGUGGAUCUGGCGCAUGUGCUUUACAAGCUACUCUCAAGGGAUCCGGCCCAUCAGCCCCAUGCGGAGGGAACGGUGGAUCAGGCGGAUCGGUCUACCUCACUACUUCUCCAUCAUUAUCAUCUUUGACGACAUUGAAGAAGAGGGUGAUAGGCGGUCAAGGUUCAAGUGGGUCGGGGGCAUUCAAGCAUGGCCGAAGAGGUGAAGAUAUUUUGAUCACUGUCCCAGUCGGAACUAUCGUCAGAGAAAUACGGCGAGAGGGUGAAGAAGAACGUACAGUAAGGGAAGAAAACGACUUGGGUCUAAACGACGAAGAGAAGAGGAAAAGGAAAUGGCAAAGGUGGAUCGUAACUCAUCCUUCAGCCGGAGGAGAAGUUUCACCAGAAGAAUAUAAAGAUGCUGAAGAUCUCUUACGUCGAGAACAAAGGUGGAAUAUCCUCACACCAACUUUUGACGAGGUCCCACCUAUCGAAAUGGAUAUAGAUCAACCGUUGGUAGAACCCGUAUUAUUGGCUAAAGGGGGGUUGGGAGGGUUAGGAAAUCCAUUUUUCAAUUCACCAAGAGUAUCUUCCAAAGGUUUCUUACCACCUACUCAAACAUUCGAAUUUGAAUUAAAGCUCUUAGCGGAUGUGGGUUUAGUGGGAUUCCCAAAUAGUGGUAAAUCGACGAUACUGAGAUGUUUGACGGGUAAACAAACUGAAAUUGCCGGAUAUCAAUUUACCACUCUCAAUCCUCAAAUUGGCGUAGUGAGGGUAUACGAUGACGGAGGGUGGGUUAGUGAUUUGGAAGAGGGUGAGGAAGUAGAAGAGAGUUGGAUCAAAAGAGAGAAAGAGGAAAUAGCUAGAUUACUAGGUGAACAGGUUUUUCCAGAUUCUCAACAACCACAAAAGAAAACCCAAAGAGAAGUAGAGAGGAUUAGAUUUACGAUAUCGGAUAAUCCAGGAUUGUUACCGCUCGCAUCUGAAAAUGUUGGAUUGGGACAUAGCUUUUUGAGAUCAAUCGAAAGAUCACCUGUAUUAGUCUAUGUCCUGGACUUGGGGAAGACCUCGCCUGUAGAGGAUCUGAAAGUGCUCAAGCAUGAGUUGGAGAGUUAUAAAGCGGGUUUGAGCGAGAGGGCGAAUGUGGUUGUUCUGAAUAAAGGUGAUACGGUAGAAGAAGAUGAGGGUAAAGAGAAGAUCAAGGAAAUCGAGGAAUACUUGAGUGAACAGGAGAAGAAAAGUGAGAUUAUAGUGUUAAGUGGGAAGUAUAAUCUGGGCGUUCAGAAUCUAGUGAACACUCUGGUGGAGAAAGUAGAACUGGCAAGGGAAGAGCGGAAGAGGGAAUUCAAGGAGCAAGAAAGGUUGAAAGACAGCACGAAGAAAGGAAGCUCCUUUGGUCUAAAGAGAAUAGAGUAG